CUUUUUUUUUUUUUUUUUUUCUUGUCCUCCUCUUCUUCUUUCAAUCAUGAAGCUCUUGCUGAUCUCUGCUGUCGUUGCUGCGCUGUGUGUUGCAUCCAGCGUUGGUCUGGACAAUGGUCUUGGCAGGACGCCGCAAAUGGGAUUCAAUACUUGGAACCAUUUCGGCUGCAACAUUAACGAGACGAUCAUUCGCAGCACCGUGGACGCCAUGAUCGACACUGGACUGACAGCGGUCGGCUACAAUUACAUUAACCUGGACGAUUGCUGGGCGCUCAACCGCACGGCCGCAGGCGUGAUUGUCGCCGAUCCGGUCGCAUUCCCGAGCGGCAUUGCAGCACUGGCCAGCUAUGUGCAUUCCAAGGGCCUGCUUUUCGGUGUGUACUCGGAUGCUGGCACCAAGACUUGCGCUGGUCGCCCCGGAUCGCUCGGCUACGAGAAGAUUGACGCGCAAACGUACGCUUCGUGGGGCGUGGACUACCUCAAGUACGACAACUGCAACGCACCGGCGGAUCAAACUCCGAUGGUUCGCUAUCCCGUCAUGCGUGAUGCUCUGAACGCGACUGGUCGCCCGAUCUUCUUCUCCAUGUGCGAGUGGGGCGACUACGACCCGGCAAAGUGGGCUGCCCCGGUUGGCAACAGCUGGCGCACCACCGGCGACGUGAGCGACAGCUGGAGCCGCAUCAUCACCAUCCUCGAAGCCAACGAGCCCUUGUGGAAGGCUGCAGGUCCCGGUGGCUGGAACGAUCCCGACAUGUUGGAAGUUGGCAACGGCGUGCUGUCGACCACCGAGUACACUUCCCACUUUACGCUCUGGGCGCUGAUGAAGGCUCCGCUCAUCAUCGGCUGCGAUGUUACCAAGAUGACCAACGACACUCUGCGCAUUCUGACCAACACUGAGGUGAUUGAGUGGAACCAAGAUUCGUUGGGAAUUCAGGGUCAUCGUGUCAAGCGCGGCCUCCUCUCGGAAGUUUGGAUGGCGCCCCUUGCCAAUGGCCGCUUUGCCGUUGUGCUGUUCAACACUGAUCCGCUGCUGAGUGCGCACAUGACCGUGACCUGGGCCGAGCUUGGUCUCACUGCCGGCAGCAAGUACACUGCUCGUGAUGUCUGGCAGCACAAGAACGUUGGGUUGUACGCUGGCACUUUCGACGCACAAGUCGCUCCGAAGGGCGUGGUGGCUGUCACCCUCGUCCCCGCCUAAAAAGACGCCUCAUCAGCAGUUGGAUGAAUGUUAAAAAAAUGAGUGCGAUUGCAACGUGCUUGAAGGCUUCGUUCCAACGUGUGUAAUUGUGGAUACCAAAAAAAAAAAAAAUCAUUGAAACAAUGACAUUGU